UCUUUACCAUCACUAAGGAAGCUUACAUUGGCGAAAAAAAAUAACAUCCGAGUAAGCUAAGCUUACCACGGCUAAAUUACCAUCGAUCUGCUAAAAACUUUAUAUUAGUAAACGCCCUGAAGCCUAAUAUAAAUUUAGAUACAAAGUUUAGCGUACACUCAUCUCAUUAAUUAUUUAAUAAUUAUGGCAACAAGGCAGGGCGGUGUACUGCCUGAGAUGACAGCAGCAACUUGUCAUAUGAUAUUGGACAUUCUUCAAUCAGGAAACUAUUAUGUAACUGAGGAGAUUGCCAGAGAAUUUACCGUGGCUAAGAAUGCACUUGAUCAUCUGUGCUUAGAUAAUACAUUCUUGACGUCAUCUCAGGAGUGGAAGAAACAACCAGGAAACUACACACAAAAUGAAACAGCACAGCAUCAUUCAGGUGCCUUGAAUGCAAUCAGUAAUCUUGGAGCUUACCUUUGUGAAUAUAAGCGUCUGCUUUCAAACCAAGCUGUUCUUGGAAAGCAAGAAAAUCAAGUGAGAGAACUACAUCAAUGGGCAAUAUCUUCUCUCAAAAGCGCAUUUCGGCAACUGGAACCAUACACAUUUGAUGCAGCCGAUCGCAUAAAACAGUUUGGUGACAGCAUAGGAGUUACUGAUAGAUACACUGGCUAUCGCAACAAUUUGACUCGAGGUAAUAGAGACCCAUUUCGAUUGAAAACAACAUGGAUGGAUCGAAAAGGAGAGCUUGGACUCAUGAACAAUCUAACAAGAUCUCAUACAACUUUGGGCGACCCUGUCCUGGAUCAGCGCGUGGUGAACAGAACACUUAGAGCAAUUGGGGAGCCCAGUUCUGAUUUCAGUGAGUACGGUGGGGUUCCACCAGCCAACAUGGGAGCCUUGAAGAAACAGAUACGGUUUGGGAGCAGCAAUCCGCCAAUGAGAGUGACAAGAGGGUAUAGAACCAUUGAUUCACUUUACCCCAAAACAUCAGCCCCACUAGAUGGUGGUUAUCCCCGUUACUCUUCUGUGAUGGAUGAAGUGAAAUCACUUAAUGCUUUUAAUGCAUGUGAACAGUAUAGUAAAAUAGAUAUGUGUGCUAACAAGAUUCCAUCUCCAAAACAACCUUAUGAGCUAAACAGUGUACAGGAACAGGCUGGUAUCAAUACAACCUACCCAGGCAAGACUGAGUACAUGCUGAGGUUCACCAAACCUGAUACUAACGCCGCCACUUCAGAUUUCAAAAUCAACCCCUGCCCAGACUUUUCCAUUUAUGGCCGUCCCAUUCAGUCCAAUGUAUUCUCACCAAGUAUUACUGAAUACCAGUGCCGCUAUGAGUGGCCAAAUUCAGACAAAAUUGUUAAACUACCUUGGCUAAAGUAUUAAGAUGUUAAUUCAGUGAACUAAAAACAAUUAAACACAGUGAUAUCUACAACAUGAAUUGUGAUAAUCAUAUUUUAUCUUUUAUUAUUUUUUCCCCUAAAAAGGCUGUGAGAUCAUGUAAACAAAAUUAUAAAUAAACUGUACUUUUUAAACUUGUUAUAAUAACUUAAACAUUUUCAAGCAAGGCAAUUUUAUUUAUAAUUUUAUAUAAAAAUGUGUAUGCAUAAAGUAAGUUUAUGUUUUUAUAUUAGUGAAUGUAAAUUUUGACUAACCCUUUUAAUAAUUUUUCUUUAUAAAUAAAAAAAUAAUAUCAGUUUUACUUUUAAAAAAUGAUUGUAUACACGGUUUUAGUUUAUUUUUUAGGUAUACAUUGUUCAUUAAAACUGAAAAAAUUAUUUAAAGGUAAAUUACACUGUUUUGAUUUUUUUUUAAAUUUAAAGACAUUUAUAUGGUUUUAUAUUAUGAAACAUUUUAAAAUCUACUUUGCUUGUGUAUAUCUAUACAUGUAUACAUCUACAAUUAACAUUUUUUGUAUUAUUUUAUCAUUUUAAUUUAAAAGAGCAGAUAGUCUUUUUCUAUUAAAAAUCAUUUUGUCAGAACUGUUUUUGUAUACAUACAAAAUAUGUUAAAGACUAGUGCUAUUGAAAUUAAUUUUUUUGCCUUAAAAGGGUGUUUAAAGAUCACAAGGUUUCAGACAAUAGGUAUUCUAGCUUUAAAAAUUGCUUCUAAGAUUGUAUUCACAGUGCUCUUUCAUUUAACUGAAAUCAGUAUCCAGGAUGUGGUUCUUAAAGCUGUAUGACGGUAGAUAUUGGGAACAAAAAUCAACUUUUAAACAUUUUUGUUAAAAAAAUAUAUUUUUGUAACAGAAAAUAUACAUCAUUCUUGCCAGAACAAAACUAUUUAUUGAAAAAUAAAGUACAUCUUUUUUUCCUGCUGUAAAUAUUUUGCUUGAAAAGUCUUGUGUUGCUAUUUACUGUUUUUUUGUUUGUUUAAAUGUUAUUACUUUUAAUAGUUUUGAAUACAUAUUACCAUUAUGAAGAACUAUAUUUACUAAUCCUGCUUGUAAUUACAAUGGUAGAAAAAGUAGCUAUGGGAAAUAAAAAUAUUAUUUAUUAACAAAAUUUUAUGUCAGCUCUGCAUUUAAAAUAAUAAUUUAUUUUUUUAAAAGUUCCAUACAAUUUUGCAUUAUUUACCUAUGCAGCAUUAUUGUAACAAGUUGAAGUAAAACAAAGUCAGAUUAAAAAAAUAAACUUAUUUACAAAGUUUUUUUCCAACAUUUUUUUUCAACACCUGGAAAUUUUUCUUGUGUAUAGUAAAAUAAUGAUGCCAAUAAGAAUUUCAAUUGAACAAUUUUUAAAUACGGAUAAGUAAAAUAUGAAAAUUAGAAAAUCAUUGCAAUAAAAUUAGGUUUAGUAAUUAUACUUACAAUUUUUUUUUUUAAAUCCUUACCUGGUUAGUUAUUUUAGUACUGCUAAAAUGUGGUUAAAAAUAAAUGUAUAGUUUGCUAUACCAUGUGUUGUUUGAUGUAGUGUGAAAUCUGCAGCAUUAAAGCAUACAACUUUUCUAUGUAA